CGAUUACAUAGGUUAUGUUAUUCUCUUCUCUUCUCCUACUUUAGAAGGAGGCGAGAGAGUGAGGAGAGUGUGUUGUGUGUUGCGUGGGUCUCUCUCUCCACACGGCGGGAAACAGAAUUAUUUGGCGAAUAACCCUCUCCCUCCAAACCAAACCAAACCAAACCAAACCAAACCAAAUCACACCACACCACACCACACCGCACCACACCGCCACGCUUUCUAUUCUUUUUUCUCUCUUUGCAGAGGAAAACCCUAACGGACAUUUUUCGAUUCCGAUAUGGCAGCAGCGUUCCAGGAAAACGGCGCCGCCGGGGAGGACGACGCGACUGUCGACGUGCACGCCACGCGGGGAACCCCCAUCCGCUACCUCCCGCUCGACCACCUCUACUCCGCCACCUCGCCGUGCCGCGUCGCCGCCAGCGGCUCCUCCAACGUCAUGUCGAAGAAGGUGAAAGCGCGCAAGCUCACGCUCGCGCAUUUCGCCGAUCACCACAGGAAAACGACGUCGUCGCCGCCGACGUCGUCCUCGCUCCCGCCCAAGCCCCCGCUCCUGUUCGUCUACUCGCGCCGCCGCAAGAGGCGUGCCGAUAGCGACGCCGACAGGAGGCUGCUGAAGAAGAGGAAAAUUGGGAGCACCGAGCUGGAGAGGCUCGGCGGGGGUUUGAAUGCUGCGGUUGGGGACGCGGAUGGGCCUCGUUGGAGGGAAUGCCGGAGCCAAUUUGGGAAUUCCGGUGCUGCUGGGAAUGUUAAGUGUGGUUCCUUGGAGAAUUUGCCCAAACUGUUGCCUGAAUCUCGCGCUGUCAAGAAAUGGGUUGGGUUGAGUUUUGAUGAUGCUGAUCCUGAGGCGUUUGUUGGCUUACGAUGCAAGGUUUACUGGCCCAUGGAUUUGAAGUCGUACACUGGCUAUGUCAGAAGUUAUGAUAAGGAAACUAAGAUACAUCAUGUCAAGUAUGAUGAUGGUGAUGAGGAAAAUUUAAUUCUUUCAAAUGAAAAUAUAAGAUUCCACGUUUCCCGCGAUGAGAUGAAACAUUUAAAAUUGAGUUUUGCAAAAGUUCGUGACAAUAAUGUCUCUGAUUAUGAUGUUGAAGAGAUGCUUGCAUUGGCUGCAAGUUUGGAUGAUUGUCAAGACUUUGAGCCUGGGGAUAUCAUAUGGGCAAAGCUAACAGGCCAUGCAAUGUGGCCAGCUGUUGUUCUGGAUGAAUCACUUGCUAGCAACUGUAAGGGUUUGAAGAUGUUUUUGGGAGGAAGAUCAGUUCCUGUCCAAUUUUUUGGCACCCAUGACUUUGCAAGGGUUAGACUGCAACAGGUGAAAUCAUUUCUAAGUGGACUUCUUACUGAACUACACUCAAAAUGCAAGAAACAUAGUUUUAUUGAAGGUUUAGAAGAGGCAAAAAGAUAUUUAAGUGAACAGAAGCUUCCGUUGGAGAUGCUAGAGUUGCAGAAAAGAUGUACAGCUGAUGACUGUAACAAUGCAAGUGGAGAGGAGGGAGGGUGUACAGAUUCAGGUGAUGAUUGUUUAAAUGACAAGGGGACUUUGAUGGCUCUGGAAAACAGUGAAACUUUUCCUUAUGAAGUAGGAGACCUCCAAAUUCUAAGCCUUGGAAAAAUAGUUGAAGAUUCUGCAUUCGGGGAUGGAAGAUUAAUCUGGCCCGAAGGGUACAUGGCAGUGAGGAAGUUUACUUCAGUUACUGACCCUAAAGUUUCUGCUCCUUAUAAGAUGGAGGUGUUGAGAGAUCCAGAAUCCAAAGUCCGUCCUCUCUUUAGAGUAACAGUUGAUGGUGGUGAGCAGUUCAAUGGUUAUACACCAUCUGCUUGCUGGGGUGAGGUAUAUAAAAGGAUAAAGAAAAUGGAAAAGGAUGCUUCUGAAGGUAUUGUUGCUGAAGGUGGGGUGGAAAAGGGCUACGAAUCUGGGUCUGAUAUGUUUGGGUUCUCCAACCCUAAAGUAGUUAAACUUAUACAGGGCUUGUCUAAAUCCAAAAUCUCUUCAAAGAACUCGAGUUACAAGCUAGGUUCCAGAGGAUAUAAUAACUUGCCUCUUGGUUAUAGACAAGUUCAUAUUAACUGGUUUGACCUCGAUAAGUGCAAUGUGUGCCACAUGGAUGAGGAGUAUGAGAACAAUCUGUUUCUGCAGUGUGACAAAUGCAGAAUGAUGGUCCAUGCCAGAUGCUAUGGAGAACUAGAACCUGUUAAUGGAGUGCUCUGGUUAUGCAACUUAUGUCGUUCGGGUGCUCCUCCUCCACCUUGCUGCUUAUGUCCUCUCAUAGGUGGUGCAAUGAAGCCUACUACGGAUGGCCGGUGGGCUCAUUUGGCUUGUGCCAUGUGGAUACCUGAAACUUGCUUAGCUGAUGUAAAGAGAAUGGAGCCUAUUGAUGGUUUGAGUAGAAUCAGUAAGGACCGCUGGAAGUUGUUAUGCAGCAUAUGUGGUGUAUCUUAUGGUGCCUGCAUCCAAUGUUCAAACAGUUCUUGUCGAGUAGCUUAUCAUCCACUCUGUGCACGCGCCGCUGGUCUCUGUGUUGAGCUUGAGAAUGAGGACAGGCUCUAUCUACUUUCUGUUGAUGAUGAUGAAGAUCAGUGCAUACGCUUACUUUCUUUCUGCAAGAAACAUAGGCAGCCAUCUAAUGAACAUUCUGUUGCCGAUGAACGUAUUGUUCGAGUUGCUGGUCAAUGUUCAGACUAUGAGCCACCACCUAAUCCGUCUGGUUGUGCUCGAAGUGAACCAUAUGAUUACUUUGGCAGGAGAGGUCGAAAAGAACCUGAAGCACUUGCAGCUGCAUCAUUAAAACGUUUGUUUGUGGAGAAUCAACCUUACUUAGUAGGUGGAUACUGCCAGCAUGGAUCAUUAGACAACCUAGAGUCUUGUGGCAGAGGUGUCUGCUCCAAAUUCUUUUGUAGCCAACAAAGGCUGAGAACCUCUCUGAUUGAUGCUUCUAACAGCAUACUGUCUAUCUCUGAAAAAUAUAAGUAUAUGAGGGAAACUUUUCGGAAACGGCUGGCAUUUGGGAAAUCAAGGAUUCAUGGAUUUGGCAUCUUUGCAAAGCAUCCAUAUAAAGGCGGAGACAUGGUGAUUGAAUACACUGGCGAACUUGUUAGACCACCUAUAGCUGAUAGGAGAGAGCACUUCAUAUAUAAUUCAUUGGUGGGUGCUGGAACAUAUAUGUUUCGGAUUGAUGAUGAACGGGUCAUUGAUGCUACUAGAGCUGGAAGCAUUGCUCAUUUAAUUAAUCAUUCUUGUGCACCAAAUUGCUAUUCAAGAGUUAUAAGUGUUAAUGGCGAUGAGCAUAUUAUAAUAUUUGCAAAGAGGGACAUUAAACAAUGGGAAGAGCUUACAUAUGAUUAUAGAUUUUUCUCAAUUGAUGAACGGCUUGCUUGUUACUGUGGUUUCCCAAAAUGCCGAGGUGUAGUAAAUGAUACUGAGGCAGAAGAACGAGCUGCUACCCUAUAUGCACCACGAAGUGAACUAAUAGAUUGGAGAGGAGAGUGAGGUCUAACUUGUCAUUUUAGAGUCAUCUUCACAUUUCAUUGAAUGUGAUUUUUAACCCUAACGUUAAGCAUGUAAGUUCCUCCUGAAGAUGAAUUGUUUGUCCAACAACUUCUGUCACGGAUUCUACCAUUUCCCUGAGAGUACAAUGUUGUACAUAGCACAUCUGAUUCUUCCCAUUGUUUCGUCAUAACCCCAACUGAGCGGUUUAUGUUGGCUCAAGGCGGCUUCCAUUGGUGUUCUGGUUAUAAUGAUUGGAAAGAUGUCACCAGACUUUUUACAAAUGUUUCAUUUGAAAUUCAUUGCCACAAUUUAGGCCCCUGUUUAACUUCAUCCAACUUGCUGAGAUAUUGUAACUUGUCAUUGGAUAGGUACAGUUGUAAUUACAUCAAACCUUCAUAAAAUUGAAAAGAAAUUGAGUAUUGGAAUUGAA